AGACGACCUGGAAAAUACAAUCUGGGAUCUGGUCCCUCCAAAAAGUCAUCGAAAGUGCCCUGGUAGAAUAAAUCAGAUCUGGUUUAUUGAGUUAGUUUUAUUUUUGUUGAACCAGCCGAAAUAAAGGAAAGUUGAGUAAGUUAACCGAAAAGGCCAAUCAGCGCACAAAAAGCCAAGUUCUUACAUUUUCAGCGAAAUGGCCGACAAAGCUGCAGCGCCCUCUGCGGACUGCGCGGCGCCUCCUGCGGGCUGUGCGGCGCUUCCUGCGGACUGUUCGUCGCCUGAAGUACCAGCGGGGGAGGGACACACCACGCUGACCGUUCCACCUGCAUCAGCGAACAAAGCCACGGAUGUUUCCACUUCAACUGCCGUGCAAGUGGGUGUCGAUGGGGGGGAGGCGGAACGCUGCUGCUGGAUCUGCUUCGCCACUGAUGAGGACAACCGCCUGGCGGCGUGGGUGAAGCCCUGCCAGUGCCGCGGCACCACCAAGUGGGUACACCAGAGCUGCCUCUACCGCUGGAUCGAUGAAAAAACCCAGAAGGGUAACGCUCUACGCACUGUAUCGUGCCCGCAAUGCCAAACGGAGUAUAUCAUAGUGUUCCCGCAGAUGGGCAAGCUUGGAGGUGCAUUAGAGGCGAUAGAUAACCUCAUCAAGCGUCUGAGCCCCUUCCUGGCGGCUGGCUUCUUUGUGGGCUCUCUAUACUGGACAGCCGUGACUUACGGAGCUGUGACAUUCUUACAGAUCGUCGGACAUGAGCACGGCAUGUCCAUAAUGGAGGCUGGAGAUCCGCUCGUUCUCCUUAUUGGGCUGCCGGCGAUUCCAGUAGGGCUUGUGCUUGGUCGAUUGAUUCGCUGGGAGGAUGCAUUGCUGCGCGUUAUUCGAAACCGCGGGACAGUGGUGCGAAAGUUUCCUUUUGUAAGCCUUAUUUAUCCGAACCUUAGCCAGGAAGAGGAUCAGCAAAGCAUCAGCAAUCCGGCCACACCUGCUCUCUCUGACCCCGUCUCGGCCACGCGGGUCUUUUGUGGGGCUCUCUUGCUGCCCACCAUUUCGUCAAUCGUGGGACGUAUUCUCUUUGACACCGUGGACAACACAUUGCAUCGCACUCUGCUUGGAGGUCUGACCUUUAUAACAGUCAAAGGAAUCCUGAAAAUAUAUUUGAAGCAGAAACAAUACGGCCGCCGCAAGAAGCGCCGAAUUGUGGACUACACGGAGGAAAAUAUUCGCAACUUCAUGCAUCGCACCAAUAACUUGGCAGGGGCGACGCGACAGGAUAGACAGCCCGAGCAGAGGCCAGUUCCUCCAGCACAGCGAAUGGACGCUGUAAUCAGUCAACGCGGCGAUAGUGGCGGUAGCGUUGUCUAGAAGUAAUUGGUGUCACAUCAAAUUUGUAGGGCCAACUGUUUUCUACGAGUUAUAUUUUGUUUUAAGUUAAUUGUUUUAUCUCUUGCACUUUCAAGACACUCGCAUGAACACCUAGUUUAGGUGGACAAAAUUUUUGCUGCCUGCAGAUAACAAAGCUAAAUUUAUUGUUAAAGUACACUAUGUGUAAUGGCCGGAAAAUAAAUGUAUAUUAAAACUAGACGCUGACUAGCCCUGAAAAAUAUUUUGUGAAAGAACCGCCAUGUCCUUGCGUAGAUAUAACAUUGAUAUAGAAGAUAAUGGAUUUAUAUAUGUAUAUGCUUCCACACCUUUGAAUUUAUACGUUACCCUUUUUGUAAAUAAAUAAUACCCUCGGCUGUGGGUCAGUUAUAACCAUUA